GCGGGCGGGCGGCGGCGCGAGCGUUCGGCCCGGGCUUCGGGGACGCGGGACACCGCGGCGGGCGGCGGCGGCGGCUGCAGGAGGACAAGCCCAGGGGACACCGCCCCUGUCUGCGCUCUGCCUCAGCCCUUCGCGGCUCCCCCGGGGCCCGUGAGGACUCGACUCCGUGAAGUGUCACAAUGUCUGACCGGAAGGCAGUGAUCAAGAACGCAGACAUGUCUGAGGACAUGCAACAGGAUGCUGUUGACUGUGCCACGCAGGCCAUGGAGAAGUACAACAUAGAGAAGGACAUUGCUGCUUAUAUCAAAAAGGAAUUUGACAAGAAAUAUAACCCUACCUGGCAUUGUAUUGUUGGCCGAAAUUUUGGCAGCUACGUCACACAUGAGACAAAGCACUUCAUCUAUUUUUACUUGGGUCAAGUUGCAAUCCUCCUCUUCAAGUCAGGCUAGGUGGCCAUGAUGAAGGUGUCAGUGGCGGCGGCAGCGAUGGCAAGCAGGCGGCGUUGCUGGGACUGUUUUGCACUGGGGCCAGCAUCAGGAUGUCCUCUCCAAUGGCUGUGCUACUGCAUGGACUGUAUACUCGAUUUCAUGUGUAUGUCGCAGUAAACAAAACCAAACUUCUUUCUGUUUAGUUGCCUGGGGAAGAAGGCUGCUUUAUGUUUUAUUUUUUGAAAUUUAAAAAAAGUGUUUUGUUUUUUUUUUUUUGGUUGUAUUGCACUAGGAAUCUCUCCCCCCUCCUCCUUUUUCUCUUUCUCUUCCUAUACAAAAUAAAAGUUCCUCAACAAAG